AUGUCGAACCCAGCAGUGACCCACCGCCGCGCCUUUCGACGAACCGAUAACUAUACCCCCGGCACGCCCAAGUUGAAGUUUGUCCAGGAGGCCAUGCCAGCUCUCGCCCCGACGGAUGUUUUGAUCAAGGUACACGCUGUAGCUCUCAACUAUCGUGACGCCAAUAUCGCAAACGGAGGAAACCCAUGGCCAGUUGUGCCUAAUGGAAUCUUAUGCAACGAUGCAGCGGGCGAAGUGAUUGCCGUUGGCGACAAAGUCAAGACUUUGGCUAUUGGCGACAGGGCUGGACCUAUCACCGACACCGAAAAUAUCUCGGGGCGCGAAGUGAAGCGAUCUUGGCUGGCAGCCGACGAAGAUGGGGUUAUGGCGGACCACGUAAUAUUUGACGAGAACGUUCUUUGCAAGCUUCCGGAGUAUCUCGAUUGGGUCGAGGCUGCUACUAUUCCUUGUGCUGGCGUGACUGCCUGGUCGGCCUUGAAGGGCAUGAGUAUAGGACAAACAGUGCUGAUCCAAGGUAUGCUUACCACUCGUCAAGCUUCGCAGUGGCCUCGAAGACAGGAAAAUGGCCCAUUUGCUUACAGUUACAUGUACAUAGGAACUGGUGGCGUGAGCGUGUUUGCACUCAAGCUCGCCCAGGCUGCUGGUCUUCGCAUUAUUCUAACGUCUUCGAGCGACACCAAGCUUCUACAGAUGAAAGAGAAAUAUCCGGCGAUUCUGACCAUCAACUACUCCAAGACACCAGACUGGGACCAAGAGGUUAUGAAGCUCACUGGGGGCGAGGGCGUCGAUAUUGUUGUCGAAAAUGGCGGAACCGGAUCAUUGGUCAAGAGCCUCCGGUGUACUCGGCGUGGUGGAAUUGUAAGCCAGGUUGGCUACCUUUCGAAGCAGAACCCGGAGGAUCUGCGGGAGCUGGUCCCGACAAUUAUCGAUCGACGAAUUAACCUGAGGGGCAUCAAUGCCGGCUCCAAGUUCGAUAUGGAAGACUUCUGUGCUGCUCUAUCAGCCGCUCAGUCACGACUUCAUGAUUUAGUUGAUAAGGUCUUCCCAUUCGAGCAAGCCGAGGAAGCUGUGGAAUAUGUUUGGCAGGGGAAACAGAUUGGCAAGAUUGUUCUUCAGCUGUGA